GUUUGGGGACCCCUGCUCUACAGGCUGAAGGCUGUGCACGCCUGCCCUCUACUGGCUAACUCAUAGCUUAACAGGCAACACAAAGACUUCUUUAUGGGGCUAAGCUAAGGGGUAAGUUUUCUUUCAAAUGACCAAAAAUAGUAAUUUGCUCUUGAAAAGGUAAAUGCUGCCUUCACGUGCUGUCGAUUUUAUGGUAAAUAUACCACUUGUCGAGUCGAAAAUGUCAAGUGAACGCCCCUUAUGUCUUAUUUUCUACUGGAAAUCCGUGAAUGUAUUAUGAUAUAUGAGAUUUCAAGAUGAGACUACCUUUUAGCUAGUAGCAUUCGCAUUACAUGUGAAGAUAUUAUCAAUUAACUAGUUGUAAGGCUCAUCUUUCAUAGAGUACGUGAAGGCAGCAUAAGUGUCUGUAUAGUGUAUGUGAACCUUGUGGUGCUAUGGAGCUCUUCUUGACUUGCUUCUUACCAGAAAUGUUAUUAAAUAUUAAAUCGACGUGAAAGAGACCCAGCUGAUGCAGUAUGUCCACAACUCUUCCGGGUGUGACGUAAGACCUCGAUGACGUCGGAUUUCAUUACCUGCCCGGAACCUCGGUUCUGAUUGGCGGCCCAUUUUGCGGGGUUAAGGAGCUCCGCUCGCAGUCGCCGCUCCGGGACGUUGUGGCGCAGAGAGAAAACGCAACCCGACCGCGCCAGCCAACGACAGGGCGGAUGAUGUGAUCGGAUGCGGGAGGACUGUCAAAAGACGCUGCGUCGUGGGAGAGAAGACACUUGAAUCCUCCCACGCUAGAGACUGAGCUAAGAGGUCUUUCCACGCGGUGAAGUUUCACUGAUCAGCGAUGAUGUCGGUACAGACCCCCUCUCUCUCCCGCUCGGGUUCGUCACCCUCCAACGUGGGCGUGUCCAAUCGCGGCGGCCCGUCCGCCACGCCUCCCACCUCGCUCAGCCUGCGCUCCUCUUACAACCAGCUGCUCGGGCGCGACGCCGCCAAAGACUCUGACAACGGCGGUUCGUCUACGUUGCCCAAGAGUCGUCCGAGACACACCAUGACCAGCGUGCGUAGCGCCAUGGCCAUAAGCGAGAACUUAACGUCCAAAAAUCAAACGAGUCGGGGAAGAGGCCUUCCGAAGAAGUCCUCAUCUAGUUCUGCUCUUUACUCCUCCUCCUCUUCAUCAUCGUCCAUCUCCAAACUGGCCAAGAACGGAGCCAACAUGCAGAGACGCGCCGAGAGCCAACAGCUGGAGCUGAGCCGAGCCGACGCGGAAAGCAAAAUCCACGACGAGCUGACGGACAACUCCGAGUUUGAGAAAGACAACUCCCAGCCGUUCCGAAGACGGACAAAGAGCUUCUUGGAGUACCACGACGAGAGCUGGGAACUAAGUUGGGGAAACAAGGAGAACGAGGAGGAGAAGAAGAAGCAGCUGACUUUCCCGGAGAAAGAGCAGAGCCCCAUCAAGGAGAGGGAGAGCCAAAAAGAAGAAAAAGCCAAAGACGAGGCGGUGCCAGUGGUAGAAGAAGAAGAUGAAGACGUAGAAGAGCGAGCGUUAACGACAAGACAACCUCUCUUACCGGUCGUGGUGGAAGCCCCGCUAUGCUCUUCGUCUUCAUCAUCCGCUAACAGCCCGGAGUGGACGCCGGAAAACCACCGGGUCGGAGAGGAAGACCGCAGUCCCGCCAAGCCUCCUCGGAGCUCUCAACCCAGGGUGAUCAAGGUCGAGCUGCACCCCAACAACGAGAACCAGUUCCUGCAACAGCCGUCCCCUAAGCAGAACAGGGCCACCCCGACGAGAAACCGGGCACCCCCCGCUGCGCCCGAUUCCCAACCUGAGGUCGGAUUCCCUAAAGUGAGUUUAAGAAUGGACAUGACUCCCGAUACUCCAUCAGAAGAUGAAGAUUCCAGCUGGACUACCCUGUCGCAAGAGUCGCCUUCUCCGCAAAGUCCACAGGAGACAGCGGACGUUUGGGGCGAAGGGGACCUGCCUCCCGGCUGGCGGGAGAUCUCGGACUCAUCGGAGGUGUAUUUCUGGCACGUCCCCACCGGUACCACUCAAUACCACCGACCUGUUGUUACCGGCGAGACGGAGAACAAACAGCCACAGGAGACGCACAACUCGCUAAAGCCGCCUGACGAGCGCCCCAGCAGCCUCAUCUCAGACAGUUCCGUAGAGGCCGUCCCCUCCCCCUCUGGCUCCUCCCCAACAUCCCUCUCCUCCACGCUCUCCAAUGAUGUCAUCCCUUCUGCACCCAGUCUCAAUAGCACCACCUGCACGGUCAACGAGCUAAAAGACUACCCGAUCUAUCCUGAUCCCAGUCUGAAGGCAUUUGAAGGAGCGACACUCCGCUAUGCUUCACUCAAACUCAACCCUGCAGCUCCUCUUGAAACCGUGGACCUCAACAAUACCUUUCCUGAUCCAGAAGCAAUGUCAUUUCCGGUGCGAUCUUUGGGCUGGGUGGAGAUGGCCGAACAAGAUCUGUGCGAGGGGAGGAGCAGCGUGGCCGUUCACCACUGCAUUAGACAGCUGUCCUACUGCAGGAGGGACAUCCGAGACUCGGCCGGCGUCUGGGGAGAGGGUAAAGGGAUGCUGCUGGUGCUUCAAGACCGCAUGUUGACUCUGGUUGACCCAGAUGAUCAAAGCCUCCUCCAUUCCCAGCCAAUCAGCAGCAUUCGUGUGUGGGGAGUCGGACGUGACCAUGACAGGGACUUUGCCUACGUGGCGAGGGACAAGAACACGCGGGUGCUCAAGUGUCACGUGUUCCGAUGUGAUACGCCCGCCGCAGCCAUCGCCACAAGUCUUCAUGAAAUCUGCUCCAAGAUUAUGGCGGAAAGGAAAAGUGCCAAAGCUGCAGCUGGCAGCUCCUCCCAGACUGGCUCGGAUGUACCCCUACAAGAAUUUCCAAUACCAAAGACUGAGCUGGUGCAAAAGUUCCACGUGUUCUAUCUGGGAACGACCUCAGUGACUCGGCCCAUAGGUAUGGACAUCAUAAACGGAGCCAUUGACAGCCUGGUGUCCUCUACGGGCAAGGAGGACUGGACACCUGUUAUUCUGAGCAUCGCCGAUACCACUCUGGCUGUUAUCAAAGAAAAGGAGGAAGAAGAAGAAGCUUUGGUCGAGUGCCGUGUCCGUUUCUUAUCCUUCAUGGGAGUCGGGCGAGACGUCCACACGUUUGCUUUCAUCAUGGACACAGGAAACCAGCACUUCCAGUGCCACGUCUUCUGGUGUGACCCCAAUGCCGGAUGCGUGUCGGAGGCCGUACAGGCGGCGUGCGUGCUGCGCUAUCAAAAGUGUCUGGUUGCACGGCCGCCCUCGCAACGCGCCGGUUCUUCGUCCUCACCCGCCGCGGACUCCGUGAGCCGCAGAGUGAGCACCAGCGUCAAGCGUGGCGUCCAGUCCCUCAUAGACACUCUGAAAGCCAAGAAACCACCAUCAGAACUCCCUCAGCAAUGACCCUGACCGGUCGGCACAGCGCCCCGCCCUUCACAACUCACACCUUUGCUGCCAUGGUAACUAGUGUUGCACCGAUGCUAGUAUCAGUACCGAUACGGCACCUAAAUGACGUCAACGCUAUCGAGGAGUAGUAAGAAAUAAUGCGCUUGAUCUGCGAAUUAGGUACUCUUGGAAAUCUAUAUCUCAACCGACGGUCGCCUGGCCCAACAUGGCCGCCAGCUACUCAUGCCAAAUAGACAAGAAGUGACCUGAUAUCAACAAGAUUUGAACCUGAAAUGCCGCUAAAUCAAUAGGAAGUGACCCAAUAUGAACGAGAAGUGAACACCAAAUGCCCCCAAAUAAACAGGUAGUGACACAAAAUGAACAGGAAGUGAUCCCAAAAUGCCCCCAAAUCAACAGGAAGUGACCCAAUAUCCACAGGAAGUGAACUGGAAAUGCCCCCAAAUCAAUAGGAAGUGACCAAUAUGAACAGGAAGUGAACCCGAAAUGCGCCGAAAUCAACAGGAAUUGACUCAGUAUCUGCAGGAAGUGAACUGGAAAUGCCCCCAAAUCAACAGGAAGUGACCCAAUAUGAACAGGAAGUGAACCCGUAAUGCCCACAAAUCAAUAGGAAAUGACCCAAAACAAACAGGAACUGACCCUGAAAUGCCCCCAAAUCAACAGGAAGUGACCCAAUCUCUACAAGAAGUGAACUGGAAAUGCGCCCAAAUCAACAGGAAGUGACCCAAAAUGAACAGGAAGUGAACCUGUAAUGCCCACAAAUCAACAGGAAAUGACCCUAAAUGAACAGGAACUGACCUUAAAUGUACAGUAAGUGAACUGGAAAUGUCCCAAAUCAAUAAGAAUUGACACAUAAUGAACAGGAAGUGACCUGAAAUGCCACCAAAUCAACAGGAAGUGACCCAAUAUGAAUAGGAAGUCAUCCCGAAAUGCCCCCCAAUCAACAGGAAGUGACCCAAUAUGAACAGAAAGUCAUCACAAAAUGCGCCCAAAUCAAUAGGAAGUGACCAAUAUGAACAGGAAGUGAUCCCAAAAUGCCCCCAAAUCAACAGGAAGGAACCCAAUAUGAACAGGAAGUGAUCCCGAAAUGCACCCAAAUCAACAGGAAGUGACCAAUAUGAUCAGGAAGUGAUCCCAAAAUGCCCCCAAAUCAACAGGAAGUGACCGAAAAUGAACAGGAAGUGACCUGAAAUGCCACCCAAUCAACAGGAAGUGACCCAAUAUGAACAGAAAGUCAUCCCAAAAUGCGCCCAAA